UCCACUUGGCACUCGAUGGAUCUUUGACCCUUGGGCUUGGGUUUUCAUGUUGCAUGCUCUUGAUGAUACCGACAGAACGAAGCACAUAGCACCAUGAGAGUAUCACCCGCGAAGAGGAGACAGAAGCCGAUGGGGAGAUUAUGGCCUUUGCUUUCUCUGGUGUUGGCUGCUCGUUCGUGCGAUUCAGCCCGAUUCGGCCUGAAGGGAGAUCUUGCUCUCCCCUCGACCGCUUUUGCGGGCAAGGAUCCACUGCUAUUGGAUCUUCGAGGUGGCGACGAUUCAUCGGUAGCACCGUCUUCUUCUAAAAAGAAGAGCAAUAAGAAGAAGAACUCCAAGAGCAAAAAGAAGAGCUCCUCAGGAUCAGUCAAAACCAAAAAGAAAGCCACAACGAAAGACGAUGACGAUGCAAGUAGCAGCGGAGACGGUAAGGGUGCUAUCAAUCAAGCCAUGGAACAGGAUCCGGCACAAGCCUUGGGAGAUGCCAUUAGAAGCAGAGCCGACGAACUGCGAACCAACAAUCCACUGCUGGAUCGAAUUGAUCUAUCCGUGUAUUCGGUAGGAUUAGCCCUGGGGGCUUCGGAUCGACCACCACAACUACAACAAUUAAUGACAACAACAGAGGAACGGGAGGAUGACGAUGGCGGUGUCGCUGGAUCUCCCUCCUCGGUCGUCGCUAGCUACUUUUUAAAGUCACACGGCGGUGCUCAUGCCUUGCAAUGUGUUUGCAGUUUGUUGGCCAGUUCGGCUGGUUUUGCCUCGCUGAUGUUGCCCGCCAACAGCCCUCUGCGGCGUGUCUUGUUGAAACGCACCAUGUUGUUUGCCAUGACCAAACAUGUGGCGGGCUUGUUGGGUGCAGCUCUGAUUGCGGGGCGUGCCAUUCCCGACGUCGGAUUGCGCAAAGCACGGGUAUGGAUGGAACAAUUAGCCGCCGAUCCAGUCUCGCAAUAUGUCUUUUAUGCGGCAUGUGUCCUCUUGUGGUUGCCAUCCAAUCCCACAACACCACUGUUUGUGUCGGGCGACAACAGUAAGAGCCUGUCGUGGAUACCGUCCGUAUUGGUAUUGCCCAUUCUCUUGAGAGAAGUGGUCUCCACCAUGCUGGUCAUCUCGGAUGUAUUGGUGCUGUGGUCCGCGAGUAUCCAAUCAAGUAGUGAUGAGGAAGAUGACAGUGGUCAUGAAGCCAUUGAAAAUCUGUUGCAAGUGAGUCAGAAAGGCAUCAAUGUUGUCAUGAGUUUGUUGGUGACACCCAGUACGUGGAGAUCUGCCGAUCCUGCCGAACGACAACGAAUCCUAGCCAAAUUGACUUCCAAAGUGUCCUUGUUACUGGAAGUUAUUGUGGGGUUGAUAUUGACUGUGGAUGCCAUGGCGCGGAUGAUGCAAUUGGUGUUUGGAACAACGGCAACCAGUGCCAAGCCAGCCUUGGUGUCCGUGAUCAAGCGCCUGAUUUGCGCUCGAAUCUACCUUCACUUUUUGUGGUCCCGAAAGCGAAAAAUCAACAAACUUGUCGUGAAUAUACGAGGUGGAUCCUCACAAUUGCCAUUUUACGUGUUGGAUGUCUUGUUGGACCCCAUGGCUGCGAUGGGUUUGCAACAAGAGAAAGAAGCAAAGAACCGUCCAGAAGUAAUGGCAGCAGAGCAACAACAAUACACGGCAAAGUCGUCAUCAAAGGGCUCCAAGAAGAAGAAGAAGAAGAAGAAAUCAAGGCAAAAAAAGAAAAGUGGUGUCUUGAAGGACCUGGAUUGGAAAGACUAUGUCAGCAUUGUAUUGGGACUGGACGAGGAUUAGUCAGUGCUAUCAGGAUUGGUGCGGACAAAGAUGGCCAGUCCGAUGAGUGAAACAAGAAGUCCCCUUGACUGUUUCUCUUGUAUAGUAGUUCUAUUCAUUAUUGGUGGCUCUAGCUAGCUAGCUAACUGUUGGUAUAGCUACCAGUAGCUACCGUAGCAAUAUUCAGGCAUUCGUAAUUUGUUUUACCUGCUCUGGUGUCAAAUCCAACCUCAAUGGCACAGCCACCAAGGGACUCGUCCCUGGCCGCGGCUUUUUGUCAGUCUCUUGAAUCUGAUACAAAACGUAUUCGAGAUUUUUGUAUUUCUGUAAAAUCUCCACCACGGCCUGCAAGUGGCACAGAUAAUCCAGUUCCGUUUCGUGCCGAAAGGGCCGCCGACCCAAUUGGAAGGGCAGCACAUUCAAGUAGAGAGACCGAAAACCAAAACUGUCGACGCGAUUGAAGUCCACGUCGUAGCAGGCACCCCAUUUCUCGUAAAUGGCAUCCCUCAUUUUGUAUCCAUCAAAUUCUUCCAAUUCAGCAGCAGCAGAAGCAGCAGCUUGUUGUUUUUGAGCCCUUUCUUUGGCCUUUUGAAAGGCUUCCAUGCUUAGCAUGUCGUCGUCAUCUUCUUCUUCAACCUUGGUUCUCAAUAAUCUGCAACCACAUCUUGGGGAAACAACGGAAAAAGCAUGGAAGGUACCGAUGUGCCGAUGGUUGGUCCCCAAGGGAAAAGCAUUGCCUGAAGAGAUCACAGCAAUUAGAAGCAUCCAAAGAAGGAGAGCCCCCCAAAGCUUUGUCAUGGCGGCAGUAGCCUUGUUGCAAUGUUGCAUCUGUGUUGGUUGUCGCUUUGCGAUUGCGUGUUGGUGUUGCAAACGAAGUUAUGGGUAGCUCCGAAACUACGCUACGGACUGGCCCUCCAGUGCAGAUUCAUUUGACAUUUCCAAAACUCGUUUUGUCCAAACCAAAAUCGUAAGCGGUCAUUUCUAACCGAAGUGGUCAUUUCGCGAAUCCUGCAUUGAAAUGACUAGUUGGAAUAAAGAAAAGAUUGAAGCUAAUAAAAUGAAUUUUAUCACCAU